AAGCUGUGGAAAUAGUCAUAAUCCAAGUGGAAUUCUCGCUCCCCGAAGAAGCUCUUCAUUUCCUGGAAGAGACGCGUUCUUCGCCCACUCCCCUGCGAUUCUCCGAAGGACGUCUACAAAGGGUUUGAAGACAAGAGACCUCGCGAGUUGGUCUUGAUAAGGGUUUUUUCCCAAUGGAUGCUGUCGAAGGAGAGUCCAAGUAUUAUAGCACGCAAGGUAUGCCUAAGAAGGAAGAGGGAUCGUCAGUUGGCAUAAAGGUCUUGUUUUUUGCCAGAGCUCGUGAUUUGACCGGGUUGAGCGAUGUGCGUUUGGAGGUCCCGUUUGGUAGCACUGCAAGUGACUGUUUAAAGGAGCUCGCUGUACGAUUUCCAGGCCUGGAAGAGAUCCGUCAAUGCAUAGUUCUGGCACUGAAUGAAGAAUAUGCAAGCGAAUCAACCGUUAUUAAGGAGAACGACGAACUGGCCAUCAUCCCUCCCAUAAGUGGGGGAUGAUUCUUUCUGGUAGCGGCCAUUGACGCAAUCAUCAUCGACAUGCACAAGCUGUUAUGUCAUACAUGUUUCUUUCAUAGCAGUCUAAAGAACUUCAAGAAAUAGGAUGACCUAUAAACUGAUGCAUGAAUCUGUAAGCAUCACAUCAGGGCUCUGGUAUGAUAUCUAUGCAACUGAGGUGGUCUUGUCUUCUAAAUUUGAAACAAGAGAAACAAAUUGA